GAACCUUAAAACUCAAAGUAGCCAUAUGUGUGGAGUGUCGACAUUGAAAGCUGCCAAAAAUAAACCUGUUUCAUUUAGAAGUUUGGAUGAAACCGGCAUAAGCAUGGCUUCCUUUCGACAUGGAAUUAUUCUUGCUGCAUUAAAUAUGUAUCAGGGAGAGCUCUACAGUUAUGCCCACUAUUUGCAAAUGAACCGUUUACAAAAUGUGUCCUUCAUAUGCCAGGAUAUCAUCUGUAAAUACUGGCCAUGGGCCUUAAAGAUUUCAUCAAGAGAACAGAAGUUCUCACUUGGGCAAGGAAAGCCUUUUUUAGGAGUCCUACAUGCCAAAGGACAUUCUUGGUAUUGUCAGGUUUUGUAUGGAGGGCGGUGGCAAGAAGGAUGUGGCCUGACAUCUGGGGAGGAGGCAGAGCAAGUAUUUUCCUACCUUUCAAGAUAUAACAACAACACUAAGAACAUGCUUAAAGCUGAGCGUACAGAAGAACUGACAGAGGGGGCACUCUUUUGGAAUCACAGAAAAAUUAAUGUAAUGCCUCGGGCAUUAGUUGCCAGAAUCAGAAAGAUGGCAAAAAUGCGUGGUGCUGGGUAUGAAACCGUGUUCAUCUAUUACAAGAAAGGACUCCAUAAAGCUGCUCAAGGCAUUUUGCCAGCAGAUUGCCUAACAGCAGCAGACUGUAAAUCGAUAAGCAAUACCUUCCAUUUGUAUCGCAAGAGGAAGUUGGAGGCUGCAGAAGUAAACCAACUCACAGUUGAACAUAAUGAUUCUGUGACACCAUUGACUAGAGAUUCUAAUGGCAUUGGAUCUGCUAUAAAUCAGGAUCUUAAUGAUGUCGAUUUAAGGGAUAAUGACAAGACAACAGACUUGGAAAUAUCUGGAAUACAGCAGCUAGAUGAUGAUUCAUCAACCCCAGAUAUGGGGGAGGAGGAGAAACCCCCAAAAUUCAGGAAAAUUUGUGAUUUUCCAGGAUUUAAAAAAAAAAACAUUGCCAGCCAGGCUUAA